UGGACCAGCCCUAAUGUGAUGGAAAAGAAGAAAGUGAAAGUGUACCUCCCACGCAUGAAGAUUCAGGAAAAAUACAACCUCACAUCUGUCUUAAUGGCCUUGGGUAUGACUGACCUGUUCAGCCCAUCAGCCAAUCUCUCUGGCAUCUCUUCAGCAAAGAGCCUGAAGAUAUCUGAGGCCAUGCAUGAGGCGUACAUGGAAGUCAAUGAAGAGGGCACUGAGAUG